CGCCGGCGGAGGGACGGUGGGCUGCGGACGAUCGGCGCGUGCCGGGGUCGGCGGCAGCGGCGGCGGGGAGCGGCCGCUCAGUCAUUCGCGCUCCGCCUUCGGGCCCCCGCGGCGCGGCUGAGUAAAAAGGCAUCCAUUGUAAGUGUGUUGUUCCGUGUUUGUUAGAGAAUGGCAUUCCCUGUGGAUUUGCUGGAUAACUGCACACAUGAGGAAUUGGAAAAUUCUGCUGAGGAUUACCUCUCCAACUUACGGUGUGGGGACCCUGAGAAUCCAGAAUGUUUCUCUAUUCUCAACUUUACGAUUCCUGUGAGCCUGUCAAAUGUGGGCUUCGUACCUCUCUAUGGCGGCAAUCAGACCCAGAAGAUCCUUGCUCUCUUUGCGCCUGAGGAUUCACUUACAGCUGUGGCACUUUACCUUGUUGGUCAGUGGUGGGCCAUUGAUGAUCUUGUGAAAACAUCGGAACCUUCUAGAGAGGGGCUGAAGCAGGUGAGCACUCUUGGAGAAAGAGUGGUUCUGUAUGUUCUCAAUCGAAUUAUUUAUAGAAAACAGGAAAUGGAGAGAAAUGAGAUCCCAUUCCUGUGUCAUAGCAGUACUGACUAUGCUAAGAUUCUGUGGAAGAAAGGAGAGGCCAUUGGGUUUUACUCAGUUAAGCCUACAGGAAGCUUAUGUGCCUCAUUUCUUACCCAGAAUUACCAACUGCCAGUUCUUGACACAAUGUUUAUAAGGAAGAAAUACCGAGGAAAAGAUCUGGGGCUUCAUAUGCUGGAGGAUUUUGUUGAUUCGUUCACAGAAGAUGCACUUGGCUUACGGUAUCCACUGUCUUCUCUCAUGUACACAGCUUCCAAGCAAUACUUUGAAAAGUAUCCAGGAGAUCAUGAACUUCUUUGGGAAGUUGAAGGUGUGGGUCACUGGCACCAGCGAAUACCAAUCACUAGAGCAUUACAGAGAGAAGCUGUUAACGUUACAGAGAUUUCUCAAUAUGAAGCCAAAAGACCUGUGUCUGGAGAAUAUGGUCCUGCUGCUGUACCGGAGUGUGAACCUGGCUUGGGCGAGCGUCAGUGCAGAGAGCUGCAGAUCCAUUCCCUAAAAGAUGCCUUUGCUAGCACUUCUGAAGGUCCAGAAAAGACACCUGUUUCCACUCGUACUCGGAGCAGUCAUCUAAAGCGACCAAAGAUUGGAAAGCGUUUUCAGGAGUCUGAAUUUAGUAGUUCUCAAGGUGAAGAUGAAAACUCUGCCCAGACUUCACCUAUGGCUUCCGUAAACAAAAUAGAGUAUGCUGCAAGGACGUCAGAGAGCUCGGAGGAAGUCCCUGAGGAGGAGCCUGAGAAGAGAGUGGUUGAGUGUGAGGACGGGAGCAGUGAUAAGGACGCACGGCCUGCUCUGGAGACUCAGCCACGCCUACAGAAACAGGAUGGGGACAGGGACUCUGCGUUAGAGCCUGUGAAUGGUGAGGUAACAGAUGCUGCCCUCAAGACUUCCCUUGCAGCUGAAGAAAAUGACUCCAGCAGUGAGGGUCCUGAAGAAGAAAUUCCACCUUUAACUUCCAGUGGAGAGACUGGGCCUCCUGUUCCACGGGCAGCAGAGUCUUCAAAAGCACCCGAGGCUACACUAGACCAGACCUCACCUGUUACUGACGCAGAAAUGUUGACUGAUGAAGGCCCCUCUAAUGAUAAAGGUCAUACUGAAGAAAAUCUGUCCCCAGUUUCAAAAAAGAAAACUAUUUUGGGGAGCUCAGACAAUGUUGCCACUCUAUCAAAUGAAGAAAAGUCAGAUGGUGACUUUCCAAAUUCUGUGGUAGCAGAAUUUCCUGAAGAACCAGUCUCUGAGAAUGUAUCACCCAACACUACUUCCUCAGUGGAAGACCAGGGUGAGGAGGGGGUACCUGAAGCCCAGGAACCAUCGGCUACUCAGAGUUCUCUGAUAGAGGUAGAACUUGAAGACGUGCCAUUUCCACAGAAUGCAGGACAGAAGAGCCAGUCAGAGGAGCAGUCUGAAGCAUCUUCUGAGCAACUGGAACAGUAUGCACAGUCAGCAGAGAAAGCCGUGGAUAGCAGCUCAGAGGAGAUUGAAGUGGAAGUUCCUGUAGUAGACAGGCGCAGUCUGAGAAGAAAGGCCAAAGGACAUAAGGGACCUGGCAAGAAGAAAGCCAAGAUGACCUGAAUGGAGGAGAGACGUGGUUGAUAAAUACGUUUGUUGUUGUUGAUGUUGUUUUUAAACUAUGGUUAAUUAAUAAACAGCAUGGGGCACAGGACAAAUUUUAAAAUUUCAAUUUGAACCUACAGAUACAGGUUUUCUUUUUCUUUUAGAACGAGGAUUCGCCAUUCAUUUUCAUUUUUCAGGCUAUUUUCUGUAACUUUUAUUUAUGAGCCAUGUGUCAAUUUUGGAAAUCCAGGUUAUAAUUUUCCUUCGGCAAGUAAAACAUCUAAUCAUUAAGAUUUUAAAAAGACAACUUAAAAAAACUGUUAGACUUUGAUCAUAGGAAUCUUUUAUACUACUGGUUUUAAUGGUAAAACUUGGUAAGGAUUCUUAAAGUUUUAUCUUAGUAUCAGAAUCAAUCUCUGUCCUUAAGUGUAGGCAUACCUAAACAAAAUGUCAGUUAACUAAUAUAUCAGGAGAACAAAAUGAGAAACUUGUGAUCAGUGGUUUAUGAAGAUGAUUGUUUUUGUUUUUACUUCUUAAUGUUAGUUGUAGGUGGAGUUCUUCAAGCCUCUGAGUAGCCUAGACUUCAUAUCAUCUGGUGUUAAUAGUACUAUUAAAGAUGUAACUGGUAUGUGGGUACAUAAUUUCAAAUUCCACCUGAAGUAUUAGUUUGCUAUAAUUUUUUCUAUAUAUAUUUGUAGAUGCUGAAAAGCUUAAGUAUGCUUUUAUCUUUUAAAGACCUCAAGUCAUUGAAUUUAGCAUUCAGUUUAACUUGGACUGUGGUCCUGAUCACAGGUAGUACAGAAGUAUAGGCCCCUUCCUAAGCCUCCUUAAUUCUACUGCUGUCUAACUCACUGUGACUCUCAUAUCAAAAGACCUCCAUCCAGCUUGCCAGUACACCCUUGUGUCCAUUUUUGGAUAGGUCUAGAACUCUGUCCGACUACCUGUAGAGCUAGGUGGAAGGAGUAAAGCUGCCCUAGGAGAUGUACAAAUGCCUACACUCUGAUUCUGCUGUCCCUUUGGGUCUUGUGUACUUUAGAUGUCUUCAGAGUACUGGCUGUAGGCCAAUCUGUAUGUGCACUUUAUUGCUAUGGCAAGAGCAUUUGAUUUUUUUGUUCUAAGAUGGUUUCUCUGUAUAGCCUUGACUGUCCUGCUCUUGCUCUGUAAACCAGGCUGACCUCCAGCUCAGAUCUGACUGCCUCUGCCUAUUGAGUGUUGGGAUUAAAGGUGUGCAGCACCACCACCUGACUGUUUGAUAUUUUAGAAAUACUUUUAAAUUAACUAUUUAAUGACAAUUGUUAUUAAAAUGAACAAACUGGUUAUUCUUAGGGUUCAUAGAGAAUUGGUCACUUGGGAAAUACCAUGUCCUUUGAUUUGUAUUUUAGUUAGAGACUACUUUGAUACCAGUCAGAUUUGUUUUUGAAACAGCUUGAACUUUUGAGAUGAAUGUUGGGAAUUUGAAUCAUGAAGUGCUGUGAGUCUAUGUUCAGUCCAUUCAGUCUUCAGUCAGCUGAUUUGAUGUUUUUAUGUUUCAUUUAUUAGGGAUGCUGGUAUUUUAGAAAAGUCUAAUUAGUCAAGAUCUUUAAGCAGCAGACCAAAUAGUAAACCCUUUUAUGAAGUCAGAUCACUUGCACUUACCUGUUGUCUUGAUUUUGAUUAGCUGUUAGGUAAUUUCAUUCUAAGUGAAAAUUAUACUGACCAUUUUUCUUAGUAAAUGCUAAGUUAUAAAGUAGAUCUGACUAACUAGUGAAUUUGCAAGCGUGGAUGCUGUUUUACACAUUUAGAGAAACUUGUCAAUUUACAGAUAGUAACCGAAGGGUUUGUUAAGAUUUAGAAACUUCCAAAUUCUGUUUUUCAUUUUUAACAUUUAAAAAUUUCUUGGUACAUUGUUGUUUUGUUUUUUGUGGGCUAUUGUUCCCCUUACAUUACAUUCUUUAAAUGAGUGUUUUUAAGAGAUUGCACUCACUGGCAGCUCAAUGUAUGAAUAGUCUCUAGAGUUAAAAUAUUUACAUAUCACACUGGGUACUAGCAGUAUAAACUUACUUAUACUUCCUAAAUGUGUUUGCUAUAAAUGGGAUUCAAAGCAGUUUCAAAACAUUUUGUUCGGUAUACAAGAAAACUUGUUACUUGUCUGUGGCGUUAAAGUUUAUAUAGAGGAAAGUUAGGUCACAGGAAAAAUCUUUCAUAUUCAGUAACGUUUAUAUAAAAUUUGUAACAAAAUUUAUGUUCAGUAGGGAAUGUAAACAAAUGUGGCUUUUGCAAGGCAUGAGGACUACAGUGACGUCAAGCAGCGCUCUGCUGAGUGCUCAGUCAUAUUCUAGUCUCCUGUGAACUGGUACUGUUUCAGUCAUGAUUGUGGAGAGGGAAGCACCCUUCUAGUGUAUAUACAUAUAUAUUUCCUUACAUAACAAAGCAGAUGAGUAUUACCAGAAGUUUAGUUCUACUUUCACUUAGACCACACAAAAGUUUAUUUAAGAAUUUUAUUGUAAAGCUCCUUUAAAACUUUUAAAGAGAUUCUAUUAUGAUUUUUUUAAAUAAAACCAAAUGGCAUGACUUAGACUGUCA